AUGACCCUCAACUUCCACAUGACCUUUAACCUUCACCAUGACCCCGAUCUCUGGGCCUAUAGCAGCAGGUGGAUAGGCCCCACUGUGAACUCUCUGGCCAGGGAGAGAACCCAGGAGUCCUGGCUCCCAGCCCCUGCUCUCAGCCCCCCUCUUUCUCCCCCCGCAGGCAAUGUGUGCCGGCUGCUGGUGGCGCUGCUGAGUCUGUGCGAGGGGCUGCGGGGGCUCCCUGCUCCCCGCCUGAAACCCUCAGACCCCCGGGCCGACAUCGACUCCAUCAUCAGCCUGGCCAAGAACCUGCUGAGUGACACCAAACACCUGUUCCAUCACUUCAAAUCCCGGUACCCGGCCGAGGGGGAGCACAAGAUGGACACGCUGCCCGUGCUGUCCAUGAGCGCCGUGGAGCUGGCCAACAUCCAGGUGCCCGGAGGCCUGGCACGGCUCAGCGCGGACCUGCAGAACUACCAGAAGCACCUGGAGUGGCUGCGCCGGGCGGGGCCUGUGCUGCGGCCCCUGGAGCCGGACUUGGGAGCCCUGCACGCCCGGCUGGAGCGGCUGGUCAAACGCCUGGAACACCUGAUGUCCAAACUGAACCUGCCCCGGCCCAGCGACCCGCUGCCCACGCUGCCCUCGCACGGCACCCACUGGGCGGUGGUGCAGGCCGGCCACGCCCUCUUCCACAGCCUGCACCUCUACCUGGACUGGGCCGCCCGCGCCCUGGUUCUGAUCCGCAACAAGCUGUGACGACCGGUGCGGUGGGGGGCCCUGCCCUGGGGACACUGGGGACCCCCAUCCAGCACUCCAGGGCACAGGGACCCUGCCCCCCAGGCAUGGCCUCCCCAGAGCCCUCCCACACCAACAGGGGGUGCGGGGACCCUGUCCCCGGCUGUGACCCCCGCCAGGGCCCUCCCACACCAAUGGGGGGGGCUUGGUGGCUAGCCCCUGCCCCCCGAUGUAGCAAACUCUUAUUUAUGCAACGCGCUAUUUAUUUAUUUAUUUACGGUAGCAGUUUUCUUUUUUUGUAUUCAUUUCUCCUAACGAUCCCCCCCCCCCAUCCAAAGGGGGGGUACGAAGGCCCUUGGAGCGAGGCAAUGGAGGAGCUAGAGAAGGGGAGUCUCACGCCCCCCCCUGCAUUUCACUCCUACCCCUCCCGCCCUUGGGGUGUCCCCGCCCCCUCCUGUGGGACUCUCCUGUCCCCCCCUUUCCAUCACGCCAGCCGCCCCCUU